UCCCGGUUAGGUUUGUAUCAAACCCGGUCUUGUUGUAACAAUAAGCCUAACCAUAUAUACAAAGAGCGAGAGAAAGAGAGAAACAAUCAUCGUCUCUCCGUUUCAGCUCCGAUUUCGAAGUGGUAGGAGGAGAAGGUAAAAUGGAUAACAUUGUGGACUCGUUGAACAAGGCUUACGAGAAGUUCGUUAUCGCUUCAGCUGAUGUUCUGGAGUCCAAGGAGAGUGCAGGCGGGGUAAAAGCUUCUCUCACCGAUGCUGCGUUGGAGAAUUUCAAGGAGAAGUGGGAGCUGUUCCGUGUGGCUUGCGAUCAAGCUGAGGAGUUUGUGGAGUCAGUGAAGCAGAGGAUUGGAUCCGAGUGUUUGGUUGAUGAGGCUACUGGUUUAACAACAACAACAACAACAGGUAAUAAUAAUAAUAACUCAGGAGGCCAAACAACAGCGACUGUUGGUGCUGCGACUAGUCUCCCUCCAAUUAGUGCAGUGAGGCUGGAACAGAUGAGUAGAGCGGUUCGAUGGCUUGUGCUUGAGCUGCAACGUGGGUCUGGUGGUACAGCUGCUGGUUCUGUGCAUUCUUCAGGGUUUGAUCCUAGGUUCCCUGAAGACUCGACUCAAUAGAGUGUGUGUGUGCCUAGUGCCUACUACUCACCUUUUCAAUUAGUUAACACAUACUUUGUAAGCUACUCUCUUGAGUGUGUUAUCAUGGAUGAUGCCUUCUCUUCUUUUGGCCUAAUGAGUCUUUAUAUUCUGACCAAGCAAGAGAUUGUUGAUCGGUUUUAUCUUGUUGUAAUUCUUCAUAAUAUUAUGUUUAUGUUGGGUUA